CCGGCGAGGUGUUGGGAGUGAGGCUGUGUCCAUGUGUUAUGGCUGGGAGAAGGUUGUGUGCGCGCGCGUUGCCCUGGCUGUGUGGUUGCAUGCCCCCUCGCUAGGAGCAGAGAGGGCGUCCAUGGAUGUACAGCCCGGCUAACGGGAAUGGAGCUCCUCAAGUGUGCAGUCCGUGUGUGUGCGCACAGCGUAUCCCUGCGUGUGCCUCUGAUUGUCUCCACAGCUCACUCCUUGCUGUGCCGAGCGCCCGGCCCGCUGCUGUUCCCUUUACCCAGCGCACACAUCCGCAGACACACACCAACACCCACCACCACCAGCAGCCACCACAUCACAUGCAACCGGAGGGAGAUUACGCUGGGGAGAGAGGAGCUUUUCCUUUUUUUCUCCGCCUGCAAUCCUAGCCGCCCGCGGCACUGAUUUGUUUUUGGGGGGGAUGGCUUUCCCUUUUUUUGUCCUCCCUCAGCCCCCUCCGUCCCGGGGGGGACCGUGAUUUCGGAGGAGUCGGGAACAGAGCAAAAAUCAGCAUCAGAAAGAAGCCACCAAAACAAACCUCUCCUCUCUCCGCGGGGUUGUCAACAGAUCACUUGCAAAGGAAAACGGAGAACAGCCCCUGGAAGAAAGAGGGAAUCCCUGAGCCUUUUGUGGUCUCCAGCCUGUGUUUAUGCUGAACGUGGUGUGUUUGAAUAAGCCCCAGGAAUGGGGAGACCCGUCUAAAGAGGAUCCUAUCUGAAAAUUUGUAUUCUCCAAGCUCAUUCUUGUAAAGACUUUGGCUUCACAGCUGCAUCCAUUUCAAAAUGGCAGAGAAGGCUCCACCAGGGAUGAACAGGAAGUCUUCAAGGUCUACGCUUUCCCUCCCACCUGAGCCAGUGGAAAUCAUUAGGAGUAAAGCCUGCUCAAGGAGAGUUAAAAUAAAUGUAGGGGGGCUCAAUCAUGAAGUUCUAUGGAGGACUUUGGACAGACUCCCGAGGACUCGAUUAGGAAAGCUGAGAGACUGCAAUACCCACGAAUCUCUGCUGGAAGUGUGUGAUGACUAUAACCUGAAUGAGAAUGAAUAUUUCUUUGAUCGACAUCCAGGGGCUUUUACUUCCAUUUUGAAUUUCUACAGGACAGGGAAGCUACACAUGAUGGAAGAAAUGUGUGCUCUCUCUUUUGGCCAGGAGCUUGAUUUCUGGGGAAUUGAUGAGAUAUAUUUAGAAUCUUGCUGCCAGGCGAGAUAUCAUCAGAAGAAAGAACAAAUGAAUGAGGAACUGAGGAGAGAGGCAGAGACAAUGCGUGAAAGAGAAGGGGAAGAGUUUGAUAAUACUUGCUGCCCAGAUAAAAGGAAGAAACUCUGGGACUUGCUAGAGAAACCCAACUCAUCAGUGGCUGCAAAGAUUUUGGCCAUUGUAUCUAUUCUGUUCAUCAUACUGUCAACCAUUGCUUUGUCUCUCAACACACUACCUGAGCUUCAAGAAAUAGAUGAAUUUGGACAACCAAACGACAACCCCCAGCUAGCACACGUUGAAGCUGUGUGUAUUGCUUGGUUUACUAUGGAGUAUCUUUUGCGUUUCCUGUCCUCCCCAAAUAAGUGGAAGUUCUUCAAAGGUCCAUUAAAUGUGAUUGAUUUACUGGCCAUUUUGCCAUAUUAUGUCACCAUUUUCCUCACAGAGUCCAACAAAAGUGUGCUACAGUUCCAAAACGUCAGACGUGUGGUUCAGAUAUUUCGUAUUAUGAGGAUACUAAGGAUCCUUAAACUUGCCAGGCAUUCAACAGGCCUUCAGUCUUUAGGUUUCACUCUCAGGAGGAGUUACAAUGAAUUGGGUUUGUUGAUACUAUUUUUAGCAAUGGGAAUAAUGAUCUUUUCCAGCCUUGUAUUUUUUGCUGAAAAGGAUGAAGAUGCUACAAAGUUUACCAGUAUCCCUGCAUCAUUUUGGUGGGCUACCAUCACUAUGACUACUGUAGGAUAUGGUGACAUUUAUCCUAAGACUCUACUUGGAAAAAUAGUUGGAGGACUAUGUUGUAUUGCUGGAGUCCUGGUAAUAGCCCUGCCCAUACCAAUCAUUGUGAAUAACUUCUCUGAGUUUUACAAGGAGCAAAAACGGCAGGAAAAGGCCAUUAAAAGAAGAGAGGCCCUUGAAAGAGCUAAACGAAAUGGAAGCAUUGUCUCCAUGAACCUGAAAGAUGCUUUUGCGCGCAGUAUGGAACUCAUUGAUGUAGCAGUAGACACGGGAAAGCCUGUAGAUCCAGCCAAUUCAAAGGAAGCACCUGAUGAUAACCACCUAUCUCCAAGCAGGUGGAAGUGGGCCAGAAGGACAAUGUCUGAAACAAGUUCAAAUAAGUCUUAUGACAACAAAUACCAGGAAGUUAGUCAACAGGGCUCCCAUGAGCAAUUGAAUAAUGCUGCUGCCGCUGCUUCCAGCCCACAACACCUGAGUGCUCAAAAACUAGAAAUGUUAUAUAAUGAAAUUACCAAAACUCAGUCUCAGCCUAAUCUUAACGCUGGCUACCAAGAUCAGCCAGUAAAACCACCUGAAUAUGAGGAAGAAAUAGAAAUGGAGGAAGUUACUGGGCAGAGAAAUCCGUUGCCAGCUGGGCAUACAGAUGUAAUAACUGACAUGAGAAGCACAUCUAGUAUUGAUAGCUUCACCAGUUGUGCAACUGACUUCACAGAAACAUCACCUCUUCCUCCAUGCCCUGGCUCUCAAAUGAGAUUCCCAACUGACUCUGUUAAUCUAGAGGACAACCAAAGAGCAAAAAGUUUUCAAUUGAUAUCACUCACAAGAGAGAAAAUAUUUGCCCCUAGAGAUGUCACUUUUGACUAUACACCAAUUGAAACUGCUGCAAACAAUGAUGGAUGUGGCUCCCAAACUGUCCUGCAUGGUCAUUUGCAUUUUGACAGUGCCGUGGAAAGCCCCAAAAGUUCUCUAAGAGGUAACAAUCCAUUAAAAUCGAGAUCCCUUAAAGUUAACUUUAAGGAAAACAGAGGCAGUACUCCACAAACUCCACCAAGUACUGUGAGACCAUUGCCAGUAACAGCAGCUGCAGACUUUACACAGUCUACAUCUCCGCAGAUUAGCACCAUUCUUUUAGAAGAUAAUUCAGCCCAAGGUGAAAGAUCAAUGCUUGGUGCUGAUGCCUCGAUGCUUUGCCAGGGGCCUCCUAAAAGAUCGCCCCCUCUGUUUUCCACACAAAAGCUUUUCACUUUCCCUUCAAAGGAGAGGAGAAGCUUCACUGAACUAGACACUGAAGAAGAACACGGCUUCAGGGAGAUUCAAGGUGUUAAACAUGAAAAGCAGCAGGAUAUCAAAACAAAUUACUUUGGGGACAAACACAGUGAUGGCACCCAUUUAACAGAUGAGCCAAGAGUCAGCUCCUCUUCACCCAAAAGCAUGGGUCACAACUGUACUCAAGAUAUUUACCAUGCUGGGGAUGAAGUAAAGAAGGACAAUAACCAAGAAAGUUACAAAAUGGAAAACCAUUUAUUUGUCCCAGAAAUUCAUUCAAAUCCAGGAGAAACUGGUUAUUGUCCUACACGGGAAACCAGCAUGUGACUAGUCACAAAAGCAAUAAAAAAACUCUUCAUAAAACCACAGUUAGUAAUGCCUGUGAACUAAAACAAGAGAAGCCUCAAAACAAAAACAAAAAAGUGCAUAAAAUUGUUAUUUUUGCAUGGCAUGAAGAGUUGUUUAGUUUAAAGACUGUUUAAGUAAAGAGUUCCAAGACUGCUUUUUGUAACAAACAAACAAAAAAAGAGAAAAAAAUGACUCAAGAACAAUGAGUAAAAUAAAGAGAGCUCUAUUAGGAGCCAGUGUUCUACAAAGUCUGACAUUUUUGAUCCUUUCACUUUAUGAUUGUAGACAGAUUUUAAACUCUGAACUUUUUUUUUUUCAUCUUGGUUAAAAUGAGUUUUAGAAUUUGCACAUGAAAGGAUUAAAUGUCAAUGCAUGCAUUCAUAAUGAUGUGAAACAAGGUGCUUUGAGCUUGCAAAAUGAAUAUAUUUGUAAAUAUUUUGGGGUUGGGGGGAGAGCUAUUGUUAUCAAAGAUCUGUGGACAAGUUUCCUGGGACACAGGUACUUCCUUCACAGCACAUUGCCUGGAGGAUAUGUACAGACUUAUGUUGCAAAAUUGCAACUUCUGCUUAAAGCAUCUCACAUAUCUUGCUUUCUGUUAAAAAGCUCAUGAGUAUAUCUGUUUAUUUAAGGGACUUCAGUAUUUCUAGUUUAUCUGUCCUGUAAAUCAUAGUAUUUGUUGUUGCAUAUGUAAUUUAAUUUAAGGAUUCUUGAGAAAAAAGUAAAGAUUUAAUGACCAGAAUUGAAGCUUUUGAUAUUUUAUAAAAGCAUUGCCAAAAUUUCAUAACUUAUAAAAGUUCCCCAUUAUAAAAUAACAAUACAAACCACAUCGUUAUUGCAUUGGCAAUGAAUAGGGUCAAAUGGUCAUCAAGAAUGGUUUAUCCAAAAAGUUUUUACUCUCAAUAUACUUCUUUUCAAUUCUUAUUUUUGCCGAAGAGUGUUUUAUUUUGUUUUAUUUGCCUCUGAUGAUCUUCUUAAGGUCUUUUUUUAAAGAAUUUUCUCCCUUUUACCUAAAAUGAUCUUUUUUUUCUUUAACUGUGGUGUCCAUGUUACCAGCCAGAGGGCAAAGGAGCAGUUGUCUUGAAGGUUGUUGCCAUUGACAUUCCAUGAAUCAACAGAAAAAAGCAUGUAAUUAAAGAAAAAUAUCACCCGCCCUACUCCACCCUCAAUGACCCAAAGCCUCUUGUUUUUGGAUGUACUUGAGCUCUAUCUCAGCCUUGAGAAAUAAGAUGCUGAGCCCAAGUCUAGAUUACAAUGCACCAAUCAGGCUCCUGCACAAAUAAAGCCAUUCAUUUGUCCUAAUCAAGUACUAAUAUUACACAGUACUAAGAGCCAAUAAAUCUUUGUAAAUACAUUACUCAUUUAGCAGAUUUUGUCAGUUCAUCAAUCCCCAUAUGUCUGAUGAAUAAGCAGAUUCACAAUAAUGUAAACCAGCCAAUAUUUUUCCUUGUGAAAAACAAAUAAUUUCAUUUUCAUGAUUUCUUCUGAUUAUUUUAGCAAUACAGAGCCUGAUAUUCUUCUAAAGGUGCAUCUACACUGCAGGGCUUAACUCGAAAUAAGCUAUGCACAUUGAG